AAGCUGGAAAGUUGUCGUCUUGAAGACCACCGUAAAAAUGAAGAUAGUGGUGUCACCAGUUGGUGAGAAGAGUUGAGGAAUGUAUUCAAAGCGACAGUAGCGAGAUAAAAAAAGAAGGACUUACAAGAACAACGCGAUAGGGGGAAGAGAAAAACAGAGAACAGACACAAACUACAACUACAGGCUGUCAGAAAGUCGUAGCCGGGAGUCCUGUGUUUUUUUACCCAGUCUCCGCGGCAUAACUCCAGAUAAACUCAAACGAAUGAAUGCGGCACCGGCAACAGAAUGAAUAGAUAAACCGCUUUGAUAACACACAUAGCUUAAUCUACAUGAGAAUCAUGUUACCUUCCAUCCAACACAGGCUCGCUCUACGCCGUUUGCCCGCUUCCACCCUGGGAAAACCCGUUUGAUCGAGUGACUGAAUAUGUGGCGCGCGGGAACGCAUAACUCUGCAUCUGCAUCGAGAAUAUAUCCGGAGGACUAUUCUAAGUACAGUCACCCUCCACCUCGUCCGCAUACUGGGGUCUACCUUUCUGGACGCCUGGUGUUUACCCUCAUAAUCUUCCUGUUCUUGGCUCUUCUUCUGCUCGUCCUGAAUGUUGUGCAGGUGAACAGUCUCGGCAAAGUUACCUAUAUUGGAGAUUCCCUGGAUAAUCGCCCUGUGGUACUAGUAUAUGCACAAAAGCUCUACACCGGGUAUCUGGACCAUGUACUCGCUGUUUUUAAUCGCAUUGGAUACCUCAGGGUGGAGUCGGCAGGUCAGAGAUGGGACGUCCUCUGGUCACAUGACUACCCAUUUGCAGUAGAUGAGCUGGAUGAGAGACUGAAGCAGUUAGAACCUCACCAGAAGGUUAACCAUUUCCCUGGGUCAGGCUUCAUAACAAAUAAAGCUAGCCUUGCUGUAUCACAUUUCCCAUUUCAUCCACUGGCAUUUGAAAUACCAAAGGAUAAAAAGAAAUUUCUGAAAGAGGUGGCUAAAAAUCCACAAAAGAUCUGGGUUGAAAAGAGCAAUAUGCAUCGUGGAAUUCACAUCAAGAAACCUCAAGAUAUCAACCUUGAUUCUUCAUCAAGAGAUACUUUUGUUGAAGAGUUUAUUUCAAAUCCUUAUCUUAUUGAUAAAAGGAAAUGUGAUCUGGGUAUUUACACAGUGCUCACAUCAAUUAAUCCUCUGAGGGUCUAUGUCUAUGAAGAUGAGAUCCUGAUUAGGUGUUGUAUACAAGACUACCAUCCCCUUGAUGUAACAAAUGAAAAGCAGUAUGUGGUUGGUGAUGAGUAUACGCAGCCGUGGGAGCUUGACUCCUUGAGAUAUAAGUGGAAAAGGGGGAAAUUCUCUAGAAAACAAAUGCUCUUCACUCAUCUCACCGAAAAUGGCAAGGAUGCAGAUAAGGUUUGGUUGGAUAUAAAAAAUGCUAUAAAGGAGGUUUAUUCCAAAAAGGAGGUUGACAUGAUUGCAGCGUCUCAGUUGUACCGUACGUCACGGAAUUUCUUUGAGAUGGUUCGCUUUGACUUCAUCUUGGAUGAGAAUGCCGGCGUCUGGCUGAUGGAGGUUAACAUGUCGCCAAAUCUUUCGUCUGGGUCCCACAUCGAUAACGCCGUUCUUUACGAACAGGUAAUCUUCAAUCUCUUUGGUUUGGUUGGCGUGGCAAACAAGCUCGGUCACGGUACUAGACUCAGCGCUGCCAAAGAGCGCGAGAUGCAGGUGACUGAUAUGGACAUCAUGACGUCAUUUGAUGCAUGUGCGACUAGAGAAUGCCGAAACAGCUGUAGCCAAGAGAUCUGCGAGCUCUGUCACCCGUGCCUUACGGAGGACCAGAAGGUCACACUCAAGCUCGCACGCCUGGAGCACGUCAAUCGAGGGGGCUUCCGCAGGGUUGUGCCACCGCCCAUGAGUCAAAGUGAAGCUCGUGUCGCCAAGUCUUCUAACGAUGUGAACGGGUCCAACAGGUUCAUGUGGAUAUGGUUCAGACGGAUGUGCUUACGAGACCCUACGUGGUGCCACUAGGUGUUCACGUGAUCAACACAUGGUGCCACUAGGUGUUCACGUGAUCAACACAUGGUGCCACUAGGUGUUCACGUGAUCAACACAUGGUGCAACUAGGUGUUCACGAGACCCACAUGGUGCCACUACGUGGCAUUUAUUAAAACUCCCAUUUGUGCAUAUUCAAUAUUCAAGGCACACGAACUUCUCACAGUAUAAGAAUUAUUUAUAUAUUAUUUUUUAUUUAUUUCAUCUAAACCAACACACACUGGCGAAAAGAAGUUGAUCUUAACUUUUAUUUAAUCAAUGUACUUCAUGGUUAACAUAAAUUAAAUUGACCUAACAAUG